UUUCCCGCGGUUGGACGCGGCGCUCGGUUGCCGGGCGGGGGAGGGCUUGUCCGGUUUUUCUCAGGGGACGUUCAAAUUAUUUUUGUAACGGGAGUCAAGAGUGGACGGGGCGUGCCCCGACGUGUGCGCACGUCCCCCGCCCCUACCCUCUUCCACAACUCGCUAGCUCCCAUCCUGUGAGGGCGUCAUGCCACCCAAAAACCCCCGAAAAGCGGCCGCUACCGCCGCCGCCUCUGUGGAACCCCCGGCGCCUCAGCCGCCGCCGCCGCCGCCACCACCGUCUCCUCCGGAGGAGGAUCCGGAGCAGGACAGUGGCCCAGAGGACCUGCCUCUGGUCAGACUUGAGUUUGGAGAAGCUGAAGAACCUGACUUUGUUGCAUUGUGUCAGAAAUUAAAGAUACCAGAUCAUGUCAGAGAAAGAGCCUGGUUAACUUGGGAGAAAGUUUCAUCUGUGGAUGGAGUGUUGGAAAGUUACAUUCAACAGAAAAAGGAACUAUGGGGGAUCUGUAUAUUUAUUGCAGCAAUUGACCUAGAUGAGAUGCCAUUCACAUUUACUGAGCUACAGAAAAACAUAGAAACCAGUGUCUAUAAAUUCUUUGGCUUACUAAAAGAAAUUGAUACCAGUACCAAAGUUGAUAAUGCUAUGUCAAGACUGUUGAAGAAAUAUAAUGUAUUAUGUGCACUCUACAGCAAAUUAGAAAGGACAUGUGAACUUAUAUAUUUGACACAACCCGGCAGUUCGAUAUCUUCUGAAAUAAAUUCUGUGUUGGUGCUGAAACUUUCUUGGAUCACUUUUUUACUUGCCAAAGGGGAAGUAUUACAAAUGGAAGAUGAUCUCGUGAUCUCAUUUCAGUUAAUGCUGUGUGUCCUCGACUAUUUUAUCAAACUCUCACCCCCUGCACUGCUUAAAGAACCAUAUAAAACAGCUGUGAUACCUAUGAAUGGUUCACCUCGGACACCAAGACGAAGUCAGAACAGGAGUGCACGGAUAGCAAAACAACUGGAAAAUGAUACAAGAAUUAUUGAAGUCCUCUGUACAGUUCACGAAUGUAAUAUAGAUGAGGUGAAAAAUGUUUAUUUCAAAAAUUUUGUACCUUUUAUGAAUUCCCUUGGAACUGUAACAUCUAAUGGACUUCCAGAGGUUGAAAGUCUUUCUAAACAAUAUGAAGAAAUUUACCUUAAAAACAAAGAUCUAGAUGCAAGAUUAUUUUUGAAUCAUGACAAAACUCUUCAGGCUGAUCCUAUAGACAGUUUUGAAAUGCAGAGAACACCACGGAAGAAUAACCCUGAUGAAGAGAUGAAUAUGAUUCCUCCACAGACUCCAGUUAGGACUGUUAUGAAUACUAUUCAACAAUUAAUGAUGAUCUUAAAUUCAGCAUGUGAUCAACCAUCAGAAAAUCUGAUUUCCUAUUUUAAUAACUGCACAGUGAAUCCAAAAGAAAGUAUCCUGAAAAGAGUAAAGGAUAUUGGAUGCAUCUUUAAAGAGAAAUUUGCUAGAGCUGUGGGACAGGGAUGUGUUGAAAUUGGAUCCCAGCGAUACAAACUUGGAGUCCGACUAUAUUAUCGAGUAAUGGAAUCCAUGCUUAAAUCAGAAGAAGAACGAUUAUCCAUUCAAAACUUCAGCAAACUCCUGAAUGACAACAUCUUUCAUAAGUCUUUGCUGGCGUGCGCUCUUGAGGUUGUAAUGGCUACAUAUAGCAGAAGUACAUCUCAGAAUCUUGAUUCUGGAACAGAUUUGUCCUUCCCAUGGAUUCUGAAUGUACUUAAUUUAAAAGCCUUUGAUUUUUACAAAGUGAUUGAAAGUUUUAUCAAAGCAGAAGCCAACUUGACAAGAGAAAUGAUAAAACAUUUAGAAAGAUGUGAACAUCGAAUCAUGGAAUCCCUUGCAUGGCUCUCAGAUUCACCAUUAUUUGACCUUAUUAAACAAUCAAAGGACCGAGAAGGACCAGCUGAUCAUCUUGAAUCUACUUGUACUGUCAACCUUCCUCUUCAGAAUAAUCACACUGCCGCUGACAUGUAUCUUUCUCCUGUACGAUCCCCAAAGAAAAAAGGGUCAACUACACGUGUAAAUUCUACUGCAAAUGCAGAGGCACAAGCAACCUCCACCUUUCAGACUCAGAAGCCAUUGAAAUCUACCUCCCUUUCACUCUUUUACAAAAAAGUAUACAGGCUGGCGUAUCUCCGACUCAAUACCCUGUGUGCGCGCCUUCUGUCUGACCACCCAGAGCUAGAACACAUCAUCUGGACCCUUUUCCAACACACACUGCAAAAUGAGUAUGAACUCAUGAGAGACAGGCAUUUGGACCAGAUCAUGAUGUGUUCUAUGUAUGGCAUUUGCAAAGUAAAGAAUAUUGACCUUAAAUUCAAAAUCAUUGUAACAGCCUACAAGGACCUCCCUCACGCCGUCCAGGAGACAUUCAAACGUGUUUUGAUCAGAGAAGAAGAGUAUGAUUCCAUUAUAGUAUUCUAUAACUCAGUCUUCAUGCAGAGGCUGAAAACAAAUAUUUUGCAGUAUGCUUCCCCCAGGCCCCCUACCUUGUCACCAAUACCUCACAUUCCUCGGAGCCCUUAUAAGUUUCCUAGUUCACCUUUACGAAUUCCUGGAGGGAACAUCUACAUCUCACCCCUGAAGAGUCCGUAUAAAAUUUCAGAAGGCUUGUCAAUUCCAGCAAAAAUGACUCCAAGAUCAAGAAUCUUGGUAUCAAUUGGCGAAUCAUUUGGGACUUCUGAGAAGUUCCAGAAAAUAAAUCAGAUGGUGUGUAACAGUGACCGUGUGCUCAAAAGAAGCGCUGAAGGAAGCAACCCUCCUAAACCACUGAAGAAACUCCGCUUUGACAUUGAAGGAACUGAUGAAGCAGACGGAAGCAAACCUCUCCCAGGGGAGUCCAAAUUUCAACAGAAACUGGCAGAAAUGACAUCUACUCGGACGCGAAUGCAAAAGCAGAAAAUGAAUGACAGCAUGGGCACCUCAAACAAGGAGGAAAAGUGAGGCUCUCAGGACCUUGGUGUGGGCACUGCGUACGCCUCUAGCUUCAGUGUGUCUCCCAGGCUGCUGUAUAAUUCUCUUCGGUUCUGUUUACGGCCGCAUUUAAUACUCAUCUUUUGUUCUUUUUUGUGGAUAGAAGAAGUGUGCAGAUGAACGUUGAAUUUGUGUGUGGGAUUCCUAAACCACUUGCAAUGUUGUAGUCAUUGUAAUUGUACAAGAUUGAAAAUCUUGUGUAAAUCCUGCUAUUUAAAAAGUUGUAGCAGACGGUUUCCUACCGUAAGUAAAACUGCUCUGCUUCCCAACUGGUGAGGAUGCCUCACACCCUGCCCUCCUUGGAGUCCUCUGCUUUCUCUUUUGCAUAUGUGUGAUGUUUGCUACUGUUUUUAUUAAUUUAUAUAUGUAUUUUUUAUUUAACAUGAACACCCUCAGAAAAUGUGUCCUGUCUUCCAAAUACGAUUUGGAUGACUACUGAUUCACCCAAAAUACCCUGAACUCUUCUGCUAAAACAGAUAUUAGAAACUAAAAAAAGAUAAUUAAUAAUUUUUACACAUGAUGUUUUACUUUACCAUUGGAAUCUGGUGUCCUCUGUGUUUGUUUUAUAGAUUUUAGCUUUUGGAUGCAAAAAACAAAGUGUACACAUGAUGUUGGCAUACUACUGACACAGAUUUCAGACCUCAGACUUGUCAGAGCUUCUUGGUGAUUCUUUUCUUCAUCCAACACAUGCUUUAAAAUGAGGGUCAUUCAUAUAAUAGUACUUUCAGUUUUGAUACUAUUCAGAUUACUGACGUUAUAAAGCCCCCUCUAGUACUUGAAAACGUAAAGUAUUCCCACUAGAGCUUUCCUCUAGAGGACCUGUGUACAGUCUAUUCCAAGUGCACUUUUGAAUGUUUCUGGGUCUUAAAGAAUCAAGAUAUAACUUAACUUUACUCUGUAAGCAAACUGUUAACUAUAGGAGCCUUUUUUUUUUUCCAAUCCCCCCUCCCCUCCAGAGAUUCAUCUAUUGCAGCUCUGAACAAUGAUUCGCUCUCCUCCGUGUGGGAGGGUCUGUGUUUUCUCUGGAACGGUCCAUGGUCCAUGUCUUCCAGGCAUCCUUGGAACUGGCAGUUUUCUUUCUUUUUGAUUUUCCUUUAAGCCAGUAUGGACUAACACUGGUACAUUCAAAGCUAGAUUAGUUCUACUCCAAAAUUGCAAGUAAUCAAAGGUUUUUAUGGAUUAGGCAUUAUUGCUUCUAUCUCAUUUUGUGUAAAAGCUUCAAACUAAAAUAGCUUCAUUAGAAGAGGCCCCCCCACCACCACUUGGCACCUAAAGGUGUAAAUUCUCUUGUGUGGUUAACUUAUUUAGAGAUAGUAUAAUUUAAAAUAGGUGGUAUUUAAGUUAGCAUCAGAAUAGCUUUUAGGAAAAUUAUUUUGUCUAAAUCCAGAAUUCUUUUUACAAAGAUAUCUGGUCUUGUUAGAAAACCAAAUUUUUUUUGGCUCAGUUAAGUUUCAAACGUCUUACUUUGACAACUGUCUAGAUAACAAAGGCACUAGAGAGCUUUUCUCCAGGUCCUCUGUCUGUUCUGCAUGAAGAACUCACAAAUCAUUGAGCUUUUAGGUCCGGCCUUACUGUGCCUCUAUGUCUUUUGCUAAUACAUUCACAUUAGAAUUAGUGCCAGGAUUUUAGGAAUUUCAGAGAUUGUGUAUUGAGAUUUCUUAAAUUAGGCUUCAGAUAAUGCUUUAUUGCUUUUUUGUAUUGGCUAAAACUGUACAUUUAAAAUUGCUGUGUACUAUUUUCUACAAUUAAUAGUUCACCUAUUUUAAAAUAAAUUAGUUAAGAAUCU